AUGGCGCCAAUGUUAUCAUUCAGCUGUCCUAAAAAAUAACGACAUCCAAUUUUCUAUAUACUAGGAAUAGCUGGAUUCAAGUUUUUUAAAAACAUACAUCGUGGAAGUUAGAGCUCAAAAAUUUGCAAAUUUUUGAGUUAUGCUCCUAAUUUUUAUGUUUGGAAAAUUUUGCACAUUGCUGGAACGCGUCGACGAUAACUGAGAAAAUGGCGAGGGAUGCGGGGUUCGCUGUCAAUUAUGUGAGAUAAUGUGAAAUUAUCUUCUAAAUAAGAAGAAGAUCGGAGUAAUUGAUGUGUUGGUUAAUUUUAAGUUCAUAAUAUACAAGAUGACUACCAACAUGUACCGCGUUGGAGAUUAUGUCUACUUUGAGACAUCUUCCAGUUCACCAUAUCAAAUCAGAAGAAUAGAGGAGCUUAUAAAAACUCCUGCUGGCAACGUGGAGGCCAAAGUGAUGUGUUACUACAGACGAAGGGACAUCCCUAGUCAUCUACUGGCAGUGGCUAAUCUUAAACACCACAGUGCCUUUGAUGAUGAUCCUGAAGCUGAUGAUGCUGACCCAACUCUUGCUUUGAGCCAUAGCAACCACGCACCACACACCAGACUUAUGGGCAGCUUGCCUACACAACACUCUUCCAAUCGCUCCAGUAACAGUUCAGCACCUAAUAUCACUUCUUCUACCCCAGCUUCUUUAUCUGUUUCUCUAUCUAGCAAGCCGGUCACUUCGGUCUCCCCACCCUCCAAUAGUUCUCACAAUAGUGCAUCUUGUACUCCAUGUUCAGAUAUUAGUGCAGGCUCGUCUACUGCAAACGGCACCUACUCGUCUGCAAUUCCUGGUUCAAAUAAUAGUUGUAAUUAUAUUCCUGCUGGCUUGAAAAGUGCUUCUAUCAGAUCUACUUCCUCAGGCCCUAAGAAAAUCGCUCAGGUUUCUGAUGAGCGCAGUUCUCUUUCUGAAGAUGAAAGGCACCAGUUGGGCCACCGUGAAUUAUUCCUAAGUCGCCAGAUUGAGACGCUGCCCGCCACUCACAUCAGGGGCAAGUGUACCGUAACAUUGCUCAAUGAAACGGAAUCUUUAGCGUCAUAUAUGUCUAAGGAGGACACAUUUUUUUACUCGCUGGUGUUCGACCCUAUCGCCAAGACUCUUCUUGCUGACAAGGGGGAGAUAAGAAUAGGGCCCAACUACCAAGCGGAUCCCACCGCCUUAUUGAAGGAAGGGGAGGCAGAUGGCCGCGCUAUGAGUGAACUGGAAACGUUGGUUUGGACGCCGGACCACGGCUUGACUGACAGACAAAUUGACCAAUUCCUGGUGGUGGCGCGCUCUGUUGGCACUUUUGCUAGGGCCCUGGACUGCUCCUCGAGCGUGAAGCAGCCUUCCCUACACAUGAGCGCUGCUGCUGCGUCCAGAGACGUCACUCUCUUUGAAGCAAUGUCUCUGCUUCACGAGCAAGACUACGAGCUCGCCAAAGCCCUGUCAUGCCUGGUGCCUGGGUCUGGACCGCUGCUGUGCCGAGACCAGAUGGAGGAGUGGGCCGCCUCAGAGGCCAACCUCUUUGAAGAAGCCCUCGACAAAUACGGCAAAGAUUUCAACGAUAUUCGACAGGAUUUUUUACCCUGGAAGACGCUGAAGAACAUUAUUGAAUACUACUACAUGUGGAAAACAACUGACAGAUACGUUCAGCAGAAGAGAGUUAAAGCUGUCGAGGCAGAAUCAAAACUUAAACAAGUCUACAUUCCUAAUUACAAUAAGGCGAACCCGGCGGUUCUCUCGAACGGCAGCACAAACUGCAAAUCUGUGACUUUGUUGAAUGGCAGCAGCAGCGGCGCCCUGGGCUUCUCUUGUGAAGGAUGUUCAGCUACAACAAGCAGCCAGUGGCACUCCUGGGGUCCUGUUCAGAAGCCAGGCAAGCUCUGCAGCGACUGCUGGCUGUACUGGAAGAAGUUGGGCGGUCUCAAGAAGGCGUCUCGCAGCGCCAAAGAAGAAGAAGAGGCUGGUAUGCGCCCCAUCGUGAAGACGCGUAACGCCUUCUACCUGCACUCGAGCCCCGCGCUGCGCGUGAUGCGGCGACUCGCCAGAGACGCUCUGAAGAGACGACGUGCUGCUCGCAACCCCACGACUCCCAUCAACGCUGUGCAAGUGCGCCAUGAAAGCCUAGUGCGUUUAGAAGGACGGACUUUGGAGUCGCUGAUUCCGUGGUUGCAUCAAAUCAAAUCAUCGGGCAGAGGAGCUGGGUCAUCAACGCUUAAAGACGUGACGCUUAAGCUUGGCCAGCUUGACACUUACUGUCCACCUUGGCUUGUGAUCUCGCCGGCUCUUGUCAGUAAAAGAAGACCUCAGCCGUUACUACCUCCGCCGGUAACUGCCUUCUCUACGAAUAUCUCUUCCGGUGCAGAUUGUGUUUCUUACGCUAAGGACGUGACUCACGCUCCUCACCAGCAGCUGCUCAAGCGCAAGCCCUAUCAAGAAACUAAUGGCAUUGACGGUGCUCCACCAUCUAAGCGUUGCAAGGAAUCUUCGGACCCGCCAUUGGACCCAUACCGGUUAAGCCAGCUAGGACUGAACCCUCCCCCCGGCCUCACUGUCACGCCCAUCGGCAUGAAUGGCGGCACUCCUCCCCCGCCCCCCCUUGUGUCAUCGGCAACUCUGUCGUCAACUUCCACACGGCUACCUGCGACCACACCUCCCUCCACUACUACCACACCACCACCUCCUUACCACUCGUCCCAUAUCACAACAACCCCGGCUGUCCCUGUCGCUGCGGCUGCUGCAGGUCCUCGCGUCGUGUCGCAGCUGCAGCACGCGGGAGCGGGACGAACAAAGAUGGCCACCAUUGCUCGCAUGAGCGGUCGCCCAAGGAUCAUUUCAUGGAUGGACGCCCCAGACGAUGUCUAUUUUUAUUCCACCUCUGCCAUCAAAACCCAGCGGCGAACUAUGACCGUCACGGAAUUGAGGAGAGCUGCACGACGGCCUUGGCGACGACUCUUGCAACUGCCGCUAUCGCUGCAACAACAGCAGUUGCAGCAAAUGGUCAAUGCUGCACAAAUUGUCGUUCCAGUUGCCAAGAGCACUACAGCUGUACCUGGUCCUCUGCCUUCAUCAGACUGAUCGUACGAAGCACGUCUCUCAGUAGGCCCAACAGUUACGUGUUUCACUCGUUAGUGAUUAGCCUUGCACGGCGCCAUUCCUACAAACGAUCUUCGAACUAUUAACUGAACAAUCUAGAAGUGUAACGGCAGCUUGUCGAAUGUCUGAACGUUAUAAACGGUUAGCUUCUGUAUAGGUCUUCGAAAGAAAGCAGAUCAAAGUGCUGCGAUAUAUUAGUGUCUAUUAUUCUUACAAUUUUUCACGCCGAUUGUUAAACUCGUUCAGUAACCGUUGUUCAAUCAGCACUGAAAAUGAAGGGCUCUCCGAAAUUAUUUCUCUGUCAUGAAGUGUUACUUUUCUCAAUUGCACUUUAUUCUAUGAGAUCUCCUCACUGUUUGUGUUUAAUCGUAGCUUCGUAUAAUUUGAACGUCUUGACCAGCGUUUAUCCUAUAAUAACUCGAGUUUAGCUCUUCUUCUGAUCUUGAUCGCUACCUGCUACCGUAAAAAUUGAGUCUUGUACUUUCGAUUUUAAUGAAUUUUUUUAUUUUUGCAUUGAAAACAUGAACCCUCGUUACAAAUGCUGAGCUGAUUUCCUAGUACUGCCUUCCGAGUAAACGUUUGGUAAAUAGGUCAUGAAUGACACUUUGACCAUAAUCCUUUAAAGCAUGAAAAGAAGCGUUUCCUGCGUUGAUUCCUUGGUUUUGUAAAUCCCAAAUCGUGAAAUAAAUUUCUAUUACCAAUGAACUCAAAGCACGCAACGAUUCAAUUUCGUCAUGGAUUUUAGUUAUAAUUAUAUUUUGGUUAAAUAUUUGGUCUUAGCCACACAUGUUUUGGCCUACAAACGUCUUUAAUAUCAGUACAAGUAUGUGCACCUGUUAUCGGAGAGAUGGCUGGAAUCAAAUUAUGUUAAGUCCUACUGGCGAUCUGACAAAGUAAUAUAUCGACUCGACAUCGUAGUCACUUGUUGAUUUGUUGUACUGUACUCAGAAACGAUUUAUUGGUGCUAGAGAAUUUUGGUGAGAAGUUUUCAAGAUUCAUCUUUGAAAUGUAAGUGCAAAUAAGAGGAUAUUUCAUAUUACCGAGUUCAGUAUUAGCUUUGAUGUAUGCAUGUACACCAGGUAUAUCAAUUCCUCGUCAGUUUCAACUUUCACGUUAACAUGUUCUUUAUAAUAAUCUAGUGAGCAAAAUUUAUCGAAGUGUUUAACGUGUUUUGGUAUGUAUCCAUUGCGCUGUGAAAGUAAUCACAGAUUUUUACUUUUAAAAGAAUGGCUUUUAUUUACUUCUAACUCCGACCAAAAUUUGAGUUGAAUUAACCAUCAAUUUUAUUUAUUCAACUUUCAAGAUUUUCGUUUACAUGAUAUGUGCAUCAUCGUAGCCCGAAUCUUGAAUGAACUCUUGCGUAUCUUAAGCUUAAGUUAUCGCGUUCCUGGUAACUACGACGACUAUGUAUGAUGAUAGAUUAUGGUAAGUUCAUCGUGUAAAUAUUGAAAGGCAUUUCUGCGGUUGCGGGAUUUCAUGAGCAGGAAGAAGAAUGUACAUAGUCUAAGCUAUCGCUUGUAAAUAGCUGCUAUUAGUUGUGCUUGUACAGCUUUGCUUAUGGCACCCGAGUGUGUUGCUACCAUUGUUUAAGUCAUGGUCUUAUUUAUGCUGUGUUAAUCGAGUGUGCAGGUACAGCGGCGUUUGUUGUGGGCGGUUGACAUGGCAGUUUACCGCCUCAUGGUUUAUCGCACAGGAGGCUUACUUUUUCCCCGUUGUACACAGCGGAAACAUUUUCCCAACCUAAAUGUAUGAUAGCGCACGAGCAAGGACUUAAAUUAGUGUUGGGCUUCCAAAAUGAGUUUGACGGGAGACAUCGUAACUUGCUUGAAGAUUAGCCGAAAGUUAGCGACAUACAGGUCGGGUACGUCAAGCUAAUGUUUUAAAGGGUGCAUUUAUAGCUGUUUUUUAUUUGGGAUGGAAAUUCAUCACUUUCUACGAUUUCUGAUAGUAAUGCCACUGCUACAUAGCGGAUGUUCGGACAAAUGUGACACGUUUAUGUGGAUAUUAGUACGGUUGCGAAGUAUUCGAAUGCUUCGGGCGUCAUUGUGUCCAUGUAAUAGCUUCUCUCAUUGUAUUUUAAAGAAUGUCUCGAAAUUAAA